AUGUCGGCCGCGAAAGCCUUUCCUGUCGGUGAAAACCCGUCGCCCAACGAUUACUUUGCCCGCUUUGCGGCGUUUUUGGACCGUCUGCUGGCCGCCUUAAUCCCCAGCGAGACGAAGGCUUUCUUGUGGGCCCUUUUGGGCAUGUAUGUUUGUUUGCUGGCCGUAUGGCGCCUUGACGCCCUCCUGGAGAGGUGGUUUGACUACCACUACCCCCUCCCAAACCCGGCCCAGGCCCCGGCCCAAGGCGCGGCCCAAGGCGCGGCCCCAGCUGCCGCUCAAGGCGGAGAUUAG